GAUAUUGAUUAUUGGUACUCAAAACAUAAGUUCCAGCCUCGUUCUCUUGCCUCCUCAAAAUAAUAAAAUUAUUAAAACCACAGAAACAUUCCUGCCUGAUUACGCAUCUCCUCUCUUCGACCAAAUCCAAGAUCUCACCACUUAACAAUCCUCACUUACCAAAUCUCUGCAUUUCUCCAUCCUGCAAUUCGUUCAGAUCUUAAUCAGACGCCACCGAUUUGCAGAUCCAUCAUGGAUUUCAUCAAAGUCUUUGAUCAAACAGUCCGCGAAAUAAAGAGAGAGGUCAAUCUCAAGGUCUUGAAGGUUCCUGAAAUCGAACAAAAGGUGUUGGAUGCCACUGAUGAUGCACCUUGGGGUCCACAUGGCUCUGCAAUGGCUGAGAUCGCGCAAGCUACUAAAAAAUUCACGGAAUGUCAAAUGAUCAUGAAUGUCCUGUGGACGAGGUUAGGUGAGACGGGCAAGGACUGGCGUCUUGUUUACAAGGCAUUGGCUGUCAUAGAAUAUUUGGUGGCACAUGGAUCUGAUCGUGCUGUUGAUGACAUAAUAGAACACACAUUCCAGAUAUCAUCCCUCACAAGUUUCGAAUAUGUUGAGCCAAACGGAAAGGACUCAGGACUUAAUGUGAGGAAGAAGGCUGAAACUAUUGUAUCCCUUUUGAACAAUAAGGAUAAAAUAUACGAAGUCAGGAGUAAGGCUGCUACUAACCGUGACAAGUAUGUUGGUCUUUCAUCUAGUGGAAUAUCUUAUAAGUCAAGCACAGCCUCAUUUGGUAGCAGCAGCAGCAGCAGCUUCCAAAGUAGAGAUCGUUAUGGAGGUGGCUUAAGUGGUACGGGAGAUGAAGAUAGCUAUGAUAGUUUUAAACAAGAAAAGAGUCGAAAGGAUUCCUACACGAAGUCACAUCGAAGGGGUAUAAGUGACGAUCAAGACAGCACCUUGAAAAAGGGUUCUGCAGGCUUUGGAAGCAAGGAUCAAGAUAAUUUGUCUUCUCGUGCAUCAAGGUCAUCUGCUAACCUAAAUGCCUCUGAUAAGAAAAACUCAGUUUCAAGUAAUUAUGAUGACGAUGAUUUUGAUCCCCGAGGAACCUCCAGCACUAAGUCUGCUUCUCAAACCUCAAACCAAGUUGAUUUGUUUGGAGAAAGUUUGAUUGGUGAUCUCAUGGAUGCACCUCCAUCUGUUCCUACAGAAGCUUUAGUCAUGAAUGGGAAUUCUGCAGAGGUUGAUCUGUUUGCUGAUGCAGCUUUUGUAUCAGCACCUCCCCAAGCUGGAAAGGAAGCAAGUUCACAGACUCAGACAAAGGUCGAUCUGUUCACUUCCCAACCUGCCAACCCUUCUGCAGUUCCUUCUACAUUUGACUUCUUUUCUAGUGAUGAACCAGUCGCACAACCCGGGAUCAAGACUCCAAAAUCUGAUCCUCCAAAUACUAAUGUCUUUGACCCAUUUGCUGCAGUUCCAAUGAACAAUUUUGAUGGGUCUGAUCUUUUUGGUGUAUUCACUUCUAGUUCUAAUCCAGCUUCUUCAGAACCAACUCAAAGUCCUAUUAAAGAUGGCAGCCUUAACAAUUUGGAUGGGAAGUCUUCGGCAAGCUCCAAUCCUCCACAGAAGGAGGGUUUCCAGGUGAAGUCUGGAAUAUGGGCAGAUUCGCUUAGCCGUGGACUGAUUGAUCUUAAUAUAUCUGCUCCCAAGAAGGUGUCUCUUGUAGAUGUUGGUGUCGUGGGUGAUCUUACUAAUGGAUUAGAUGAAAGGGAAAAGGGACCUCCAACUUCAUUCUAUAUGGGAACAGCUAUGGGCAUGGGAUCUGGCCUUGGUAAAUCCGGGUUAACGGCUUCACAGUCACAAGCAACUGGCGGAGAUGAUUUCUUCUCAAGCCUUGGUGGCCAACAAUACCACUUUGGUAAUUUUAAGUAAAUUCUGUCAAGUGGCCUUUAUCGCCCAUUAUGCCCGCAUAUUCUUUUGCCCGUUUGGUAAAGAUAUUUCAAGUGCUGCCAUAUUGGUGUGCUCACUCUUGUUCACAACUCCAAGAGAACAACACGGUGAUCUGAUUCUGCACCGAUCUUGACAAGGUUUUUACUAGAUUACUUGUUUCAAAAAGAUUGCAAAAUUGUCUUUAUUAAGUCCUCCAGCAUUGUGGUGGCGCUUUUGUUUGUAGUUAAGAGAUGCGGUUUUUUUUAAUCUCUUUUCGCUGCCUGUGUGAGAGCAAAACUGUUUCUAUAUUCAAACCUGGAGUUUACUGUA